CCUCUAUUUUUUUCUCCGCGAGGAGCGAAUGGCGCCUCCCAAGCUAGGAGGCGAGCUUCCAUUCAAGAUCGGCGUCGCGGGAUACAGCGGUGAGCUCCAGGUCGAAAUAUUGCCUCCGAUUUCGCGGAGCAAUCCCUUAGACGAUCUUCCUGAGCUGAUUUUGCCACCAGUGCAGCCUCCCCAGACCUCCGUGGGGAUUCUUGCAGAGAUCGAGGAGAAAUAUCUAGUUCCUCGGCUGGACAGUGAUAUUGAUGACGUGAAACGGACAGGAAAAUACUGGGAGGUCGACUGGUUUGGAGAUGGAUUUUAUCUCUAUGAGCCGUCUCUGGCACCGCUUACGAUUUCUCCGGUGUGGAAGCCGCCGUUUAGACGAAAGGAGAGUGAGUAUCGUACGUCGGAAGAGCAAGGGAGAGUUUGGGUUCCUGAGUUUGAGCAGAUCAAGCCUGAGUAUGGAAGCGACGCCGCUUCAUCGAUGUUGCGGAAGCCAGGAAAUCCGGCAGACUUUGUCCGUGGAAGUUCGAGCAAUCAACCGUUUCGACCAGGUGGAGUUGAUCUUGGCGAAAAAAUUAUUCCCGAAGGCGCACAGAACGGAGAAUGGCUAGCCGAAGUUUUAGAAGGCAAACCACUGCAGACUGUUGCUCCGGGUUUUAAACGGGGUUUAUCCAACCUUGGUGUCCCUGAGCCAUUUACAUGGUCCAAAAAGUCGGAUGUGUCUUCUGCAGAGGCAUUCAAGGAACCAGAAAAGAAGGACAGUGUCCUACAUUACGAAGACUUAUUUCGGAAGGCAUGGGAACAUCAAAUGCUGGAAGAAAGUGAGGACGAUGACGAAGAUCCCAUCGACGAGGUUGUAUUAAAGGACGAAGUGGAACCCGAGUCUGAAGUUGAUAAAAUCCUUGCAACUGAAACGGUCGAGGCUGCUCCUGUGCCGAAGGCAGAGGCUAAACAGGAAUGGGUGGUUAUGGACGGAGAUAGUGGUGUAGCAGAAAGGUUUUUGGAGCUUAUACCAGAUAUGGCAAUCCAAUUUCCUUUUGAACUUGACAAGUUUCAAAAGGAGGCAAUCUAUCACCUGGAGAAAAAUGAAUCCGUGUUUGUUGCUGCACACACAUCAGCGGGCAAGACAGUUGUUGCUGAAUAUGCAUUUGCAUUAUCUGCAAAGCAUUGUACAAGGGCAGUGUAUACGUCCCCCAUCAAAACCAUCAGCAAUCAGAAGUAUCGUGAUUUUAGUGAGAAGUUUGACGUCGGACUUCUGACUGGGGACGUGAGUAUACGGCCCGAGGCUUCCUGCCUGAUUAUGACCACAGAGAUUCUCCGCUCUAUGCUUUACAAGGGAGCGGAUCUUGUACGGGAUAUAGAAUGGGUAGUUUUUGAUGAAGUCCAUUACGUAAAUGAUGCUGAGCGAGGUGUUGUAUGGGAAGAAGUCAUUAUCAUGCUUCCCCAGCAUGUCAAUCUUGUUUUACUAUCAGCUACGGUGCCUAACAUUAGGGAGUUUGCUGAUUGGGUUGGUCGCACAAAACAAAAGAAGAUAUACGUAACUGGGACGACUAAACGACCAGUUCCUUUGGAGCACUGUCUGUUUUAUUCGGGAGAGCUUCAUAGAAUAUGUGCAAACGAGACUUUCUUAUCUCUCGGUGUCAAGGCUGCCAAGGAUGCACAUUUAGCGAAAACAACAGUGAAAAAAGGUCCUGUGGCACCUACACAAGGAGGACGGGGAAAUGUUCAGGGGAGAGGCGGACCUGGUGGCAGAGGGGGCAGAGGGAACAAAGUCAUUCCGGAGGAGAAAAACAGUCGUGGCGGUCCAUGGCGUUCUGAGACUUCCCAGUGGUAUGGACUCAUCAACGUACUAUCAAAAAAGAACUUGUUGCCUGUGGUGGUGUUCUGUUUUUCAAAAUCUCGCUGCGAUCAAUCAGCAGACAGCUUAACCGGAUCAGAUUUGACAACAUCAACAGAAAAAGGAGUGAUUCGCGUUUUCUGUAACAAGGCCUUUUCACGCCUCAAGGGCACGGAUAGGCAACUUCCUCAGGUCCUUCGGAUUGAAGAAUUGCUGAAGCGAGGUAUCGGAGUUCACCACGCUGGUUUACUUCCUAUUGUGAAAGAGGUAGUGGAGAUGCUCUUUUGCCGAGGCGUAAUCAAGGUCUUGUUCUCUACUGAGACAUUCGCAAUGGGAGUCAAUGCACCUGCCAGAACGGUUGCAUUUCAUGGAUUCAGGAAGCAUGAUGGUAAAUCAUUUAGGCAGCUUUAUCCAGGCGAGUACACUCAGAUGGCGGGCCGAGCCGGGCGAAGAGGCCUUGACACGGUAGGAACAGUAAUAGUUAUGUGUUGGGAUGACAUACCCGACGAAGGAGAUUUAAGACGUCUCUUGACUGGGAAGGCCACGAAACUGGAAUCACAGUUUAGAUUAACUUACACGAUGAUUCUGAACCUUCUUCGAGUAGAGGAGUUGAAGGUCGAAGACAUGCUCAAACGCAGUUUUGCGGAAUUUCAUGCCCAACGUGCACUUCCUGAGCAACAGCAGCAACUUCUUAGACAAGAGGGCGAGCUUUCAAAAAUGGCUGCAACGAUAGAAUGUAUUCUUGGCGACCCCACGAUUGAAGAUUAUUACAAAUUAGCAAGCGAGGCAGAUAUGCUCGGAGAGAGCAUUCAGGAAAAAGUGAUGAACUCCCGUGCAGCACAGCAAGCUCUUAUACCGGGACGAAUAGUCACUGUCAAGACGACUAUCUACCCAGUUCCAGCUUUGGGUGUUGUCCUAAGAGGACCUAGCGGGACAACAAAAAUGAGCAUCGUUUUGACACUUUACCGUGGUGCAGUUCCAGCCUCAGCAAAACUUCAGCCUCCAACUAAAAAGCUUGAUCAAGAUGGAGGAUAUUUCAUCAGCAAGAAGAACAAGAACGACGACGACGAGUUCGCAGUUUUUUCGGGGUCCAAGAAAUCUUCAGGUGUCAUUCGGUUGACGAUGCCGCACUACGGAACGGUGGGAGGAGUCUCCUUUCUGGUCGCAGAGACCAGUGGCCAGGAGUUUCUCAGCAUCUCGAAGGAGAAAAUCCGGGUUGAUGCCAAUCGGAUCUUAGAAGAAGAAAGCACUAUGGCCAUCUCGGCUGUACUGCAAGCCCUCACAGAACUUGAGAGACUUUAUCCGGCAGAUCCUCCACCUCUUGAUCCCGUAAAAGAUUUGAAGCUCAACGAUAUCGAUGCUGUCGAAAAGUACAAGAAGAAACAAGCCAUCACGGAGCUUAUGGCACAAAACAAGUGCCAUCGGUGUCCAAAGCUGCAAGAGCACUACUCGAUUAUCAAGAGCCGACAGCUGCUGAGAGAUCGCGUGGACAAGCUUAAAUUCGAUGUUUCAGACAACGCACUACAACAAAUGCCGGAGUUUCAGCGUCGUAUGGAUGUUCUCCAGGACGUUGGCUGCAUCGAUUCGGAGCUCAUCGUUCAGCUCAAAGGCCGUGUGACGUGCGAGUUCAACACUGGCGAUGAGCUGAUCGCGGCGGAGUGUCUCUUUGACAACCAGCUUGCGGAUCUUGAUUCUGCUGAAUCGAUCGCCUUGUUGUCCUCGCUGGUGUUCCAGCAGCGUGAAACUAGCGAGCCUGUCCUCACUGAAAAGCUCGCGGCUGCGAAAACAAGGCUUUACAACACAGCGUUGCAGCUUGGAGAUUUGCAAGUAAGCCAUGGGCUUGUUUCACACGCCGAAGACUACGCUCGUGACGCCCUCCAUUUUGGACUCAUGGAAGUGGUGUAUGAAUGGGCAAAGGGAACUCCAUUCUCAACAAUUUGUGAGAUGACCGACGUUUCCGAAGGUCUGGUGGUGAGAACUAUAGUCCGAUUGGACGAGACAUGUAGAGAGAUUAAGAACGCGGCGCGGAUUAUGGGAGACACGACGCUCUUCAACAAAAUGGAUGAAGCUUCCAACCUUAUUAAAAGAGAUAUCGUCUUUGCUGCAAGCUUGUAUGUUACAGGGCUUGUAUAAAAAUCUGCAAAGUCAGAAGUAAAUAGUAUUCCAGAUCAACUUUUAAGCCAUUAUAUUCAUAUAUUAUAAAACUGUCACCUUCCA